AUGGAGUCCGAAAAGAGGCCUCAUGACAGUGUGGAAGGUGAUGAAUCAAAAGGCCAAAUGAACCCUACCAAAAAGACAAAGCAACACUCAUCAACUAAGACCUUUUGGAGUGAGGAUGAAGAGAUUUCAAUCCUAAACACUGCAAUCCAAUUUUCAAAUCUAAAAGGACUCGACCCAACUGCCCAUGGCAACAGGACUCAAUUUUAUACAUUCAUCAAACAAUCAUUUUCCUAUCAUGAUUUUUCCAAACGCCAAGUUCGCAAAAAAUUGAAAAGCCUGAAGAAAAAUUUCGAAAGAAAUGUUGUCGAAUCAAAGGCCUUUUCAGAUCCACAUCAAAACAAAGUGUUUGAGCUUUCUCUCAACUUAUGGGGAAGCAAAAGCAUAAGCAAAGAUACUCCUGCUACUGCCAAUGAAGAGGUCCAAGACGCAACUCAAAUUGGUAGUGAAGUUGAAGAAGAGGGAAGAGUUUGUGAUGUUUGA